AUGGAAGACGAAAAUUUUCAAUAUUCCGAGAGGCCAUCUAAGAAGCGGGUGCGGCAGGCUUGUGAGCCUUGCAGGCGUAAGAAAGCUAAAUGUCCCGGAGAGCAACCGAUUUGCUCUCUGUGUGCUAGGCUGCGACAGCAAUGUCUGUACGCCGAUGAAAGACGUCGACCAUUGCCUGAAUCAAGUCCAAAGCCCAACGAUUCAGACCCGCAAACAUCUCAGGUUCUGGCAGACAGGUUGCGAAACCUUGAAAGUCAGAUAGGAAAGGUUCUGGAUGUCCUAGGCUCAAAAGGUGAGCCUCAGAUGUCAACAGAAACCCUUGUUCCAUCUGUUACAUUAUCAGUGCCAACUUCCUCUGUCGACCUACCCCCAUGGGAGGAAAUUAUUCCUAUUGCAGAGCUAUAUCUGCUAUACUGCGACUCUCAGCCCUUGCCUCUUUUUCACAGAGACAGCUUUCUUUCCAGUCUACAAACACGUGAGACUGAGCUUCUUUUCGCUAUAUUGGCACUUGGCUUUCGCUUCUCAUACGCGCAUCAGACCCGGUCAGAUUUCACUGUCCUGGUAAACGGUUAUGCCGAAGUCGCCCGAGCCCUUGUCAUGAAACGAGUCUCAGAAGGGCCGGUAGAGCUUUCAACACUUCAAUGUCUUUGUAUAUUGAGCUUGGUUGACUUUACGAACGGCAACACACACCGUGCCAGCAUUCAUAGUAGCUUAGCAAUGCACCUUGCACAGUGCGCCAAUCUCGGCCAAGAGCCCCGUUCCCUGACGAGUAGCAUGGCUCGCGAAGAACGCAGGCGCUGCUUCUGGAGCAUAUGUCUUCUCAAACGACUACAUGGCAGUGAUUUUUCAAUUCUGGAUACGCCCGAAGCUGGAGGCCCUCCGUAUCCCCUAAGCCCAACACGACCAGCCCAGUCUCUCUCCCCGGGGCCAUCAGUUGUCGAAAUACGGAGAAAUGACACGGAAGAUGAAGGAAUCAUUGCAUAUGUAGUUAUGCUAAGUGAAGUUUUUGCAAGAACAUCACGAUAUGUACGACUUCAUGGACGCCCAAGCAACCUCCCACCAUGGUCUCCGCAUUCUGAGUAUUCGAAAAUCCUCGCAUUGCAAAUGGAGAUGGAGACUCGGAUGCCAUAUCUCCACCGAUUUAAGCCCGCAAACCUCAGCGAACGCUCCCUUGAGGAAUUACAGGCACACCGUGAAUACUGGGGCCCGUGGUUUCUGAACCAAUUCCUGUACCACACCAAUCUGUGUUUACUCAAUCAUCCACUUCUGCUCUCAUUGACUCUUCGGAAUUUCCGGAGUACUAUCCCCGAAAUCUUCCUGCAACACUCCUCCGAUUUGAUCUCCUCGCAUACAACCUGGAUCAUCCACUUCAUCAACUAUUUGGAAGAGAAGUCGCUCCUAGUCUCAGAUCCGUUUCUCGGGUACAGUGCGGCUGUUGUGGCAACCAUUGAGCUGCAGCUUAGUUUCACAGAUAACGUGGCAAUCAGAGAGCAGAAGCGUGAGAGAUUCACUAAGUGUGUUAAGUUUGUGCAGACCAUGGGGGAAAGGUGGCCACACAUGGCUCGGUUGGCACACAGACUACAACGACUAGAAGACGCCGUCUCAUCAACCUACCAAUCAGACCCAGGCGCACAAAACCAAAGCCUCUUGAUCGAUCUAUCACGGUUCUGGGAAAUCCUCGAAUACUCAUCCAACAGCGACACUCAAUCUGCUCGGCGUCUAUUCGGAGAAUCGUUGUAUGCUGGGGCGUCUUCUGCAGGCGCAGAAGUAUCUCAAACAUCUCUCUUGCCUGCACCGUUCCGAUUGAAUGCCCAAGAAGAAGCAUCUCCAAAUAUUCAGUCUCAAUCAUACAGUACUAAUGCAGCGUUCCCCGGCCAAGUCUAUCCAGCAAAUUCUUUGAUCUCACCGCAACAGCUGACAUUGUCGAAUGAUGAAUUCUCUAUUCUUGCUGCGAAUUUCUUCUCACAGGGACAGGAAUUCCUUCGCAGUGGUGAUAACUGGGAAAGUGUUGGGAAUUUCUGA